CCUAAAACCCUAACCGGAAAUCGCUUGCUUAUUCCACGAACACAGAAGGGUUUUCGUUUUUUGGCGGUGCAUCUGACAGCCGCGGGAUACCGGUUUCAAAGCCCUAAUCUUCAUUCAUCCCAACCGCCAUCGUCAAUCAGGUCCAAUUUAAGUUCUUGCUGCUCUUUCUGCUUCUGCAAAUAGAAGCCGUAUCGGGCUAAGGUUUCUCAGCGGCAGCGUCUUUGUUGUUUCAGGUUCUAAUGGCUGCCAACAAUAGCCCUCUCCCCGCUGGUGUGACCAAAGAACAGGCCUUUGGCAUGGCGGAGACUGAGAUGGAAUACAGAGUGGAGUUGUUCAACAGGCUUUCACAGACAUGCUUCAGCAAGUGUGUUGACAAAAGGUACAAGGAGUCUGAGCUGAACAUGGGCGAGAAUAGCUGCAUCGAUCGCUGCGUUUCAAAGUAUUGGCUGGUGAACGGUCUAGUAGGUCAGAUGCUAAGUGCUGGUGGUCAGCGUCCCAUGUGAAAUGCAGAGCUUAGCUUGAUUUCUCUGCGUCUUGGAAUGUUGCAAGGGUAAUUUUGAGUGUGUUCACUAUGAGAACUAAUGUUACCAUGCCAAAGAAUUCUGUGCUAAUUUCUGCUUAUAGUAGAUAAUAUCCAUUUUUCGUGUUACCGGCAUGGUGCAGGUUGUUGUUAUCACUUAUCAGAUAUUCUCUGCUCAGGGAAAUUGUCAAUAAGGUUCAGAUAUAGUUUAUAAAGGAUACUCAAUCUUUUCAGACGGCAGUUACUCGGACUUUUCACAAAAAUUUAUUCUUAUUUUUCCAAAUUAUCUUUCAUUUUCCUGAAAAUUAUUUUCAAUAAUUUAUUGUUUGACUGUAGCAUAUUUUUUUAUAAAUAUUUGGGCUAUAAUGCUAUAUGCUUCAAGUGGAUUCAUGAUAACGAUGCAACUGGCCCAACUCAAAUUUUAUCAACAUUGAUUAUUAGUGUUCGUAUAAUGUGUUUAACUUCAUCGUGUAAACCAAAUCUUAAGAUGAAAAAUUCACAUGUCACCAUCUAAUUAGCCUGUGAUUUACACUACUAAUCUAGCUAGCUCACAAGCUAUAUAUAUUCGUUGGAUUUGAACUCGCAUUGUUGAAGAAGCAUGAAACGGAGUUGGUGGCAAGGAGCAACGUUUAAAUUAAGUUCGUCAAAACUAGGUCAUUUUUUUGUUUAUUCCAGUUUGGUCCCUAAAGUGGUUAUUCAUGUUAGUUGAGUAUGUUUGAAAGCUGUUCAUAGUGUUGCGGAUUUGGGAGAAGUUAGGGUGCUAACUUCACCAUACGAACAACUAUAAUUACUAUUUAUUGUUUAAGUCACAUCUAACAGUGUUUGAUAAUGAAAGACUUAUUUGGUAUUGGUUUAAUACACUAGCAUAGCCAUAACUUUCGCGAUUUUGACAACAUUAGUCAAUUUUUGAAAAAUACACUAAAAUAGUCAGUUUUCGUCUAAUAAUUUAACGGAAAAGUCACAAAUGCUGAGUAGACAAAUGUUUGUUGCUGAUGUGACAGUAUUAUCCACAAACUUACAUAUCUGGAUUUUUUUAAAAUUCAUUUUCAUUAAGUUAAAUAAAAAUUAAUAAAAGGAAAAAUCAUCUCCCCAUCCUCACACCUAGGAAUGGCAAUGGGUCGGAUUGGGUCGGGUUUUGUCAAACCCAAACCCAAACCCAUGGGUUUAUCCGCCAAAAAAACCCGGGGUAAAACCCGUUGGGUUUGAAAAACUCAAACCCAACCCAACCCGCUGGAUAUCCGCGGGUUCAUGGGUACCCGUGGGUUUUUGUGGUAAAAAUUUACAAUAACAAGUUUCUUUCAAAAUAAAAGUUUAACGUCAAU